AUGAUUCGAGGUGCUAUGAGUGGAUUAUUCUUAAGUGCACGUCAGGUGAGGCGAGCGACAGCAAAACGAAAUCAGAAGCAGCUUCGGGCAAAAUGUCUAGGUGGACGCUGCUGUGAUGCGAGGAGAACAAUAUUCGACUUGGUGCUAGAGGAAAGCGUCAUUUCGAAUAAGCACAAGCAAGCGUUCGGUCGGUCGCGUUACAUCGACGCGAUACCAAAAAUUUUAUCGGUCGGGGCAGUGGUGAUGCUAGACGUAAGAGCAAUCGACGCUUUGAACAAUUUAACGCAAGACAUGGUGGACGAUGGCGAUGACGGGCGAUAA